CAAUAUUCGUUGUGCACCGUCCAUAACAUUUUUGCCAACUAUAUUUUAUAAUUAAUUGAAUGCAUUUUUAUUUGAUUUUAACAUUGUUUAGUGUAUCCUGAAAACGCAUAAGAAACAUGGCCUCAGAUUUAAAUUAUAAAACAUGCUUCAUCUGCUGCCAAGAUAGUAAAACUUCCUACGAAAUGCCCGACUGUGGGCAAGAAUCUAGAUCAACAAUUAUCAGUGUCGUUUGCCAGCAUUUUUGGUUCCAGGAAGACGACCUGCUAAAUGCUAUCUUCUGCGUUGCUUGCUGGAGCAAAGUGGAUAGUUUCCAUCGGUUCUACCAAGAAGUGAAACAACUUCACGCAGAGCUGACAUUCCAUCGGCCAACAUAUACAAUCAAGCAGGAAGAAAUUGACAUCGAGGAAGAACAGCACAUGACUCUCCAUGAGAUAGGCGUAGUUGAUGAGGUGAAAAUUAAAACUGAAAUAUUUGAUGAUCAACUAUUGGGAGGAAAUCGAGAUGAUAAAGAUAAUCAGAUUACCGAAAAUAAGCAUGAAAAGCAUAAAAAGUCGCGAAAGAUAUCAAAAGUAACACGUGAAGCUCAAGACGAAGUCAUUCGAGAGCACCGGCAAUACAGGUGCGAUGAGUGCGAUUUGCAAUUUUACAGUUUCUGCACGGCCAUCCGACACCGAAUAAAGAAGCACAAUCAAGCAUCCAUCGAGUGCUGCGAUCGACAGUUCAAAACGCGCUCUCUGCUGUACCACCAUGUUCUGAAUCCGGGGGCAUUCAAGUGUGAGGUAUGUAACAGAACGUUCAAGUUUUUGAAUGGUUACCUGCGUCACAAGAGGGAACAGCACGCGGAAAACGGAGAACCAUUGCUGUUCAAGUGCCAGCGAUGCCCGGAAAGUUUCAACGAGGAAGGGUUAUUGAAGCGCCAUUUAACCGAGCACAUUCCUUGGAACUGUGAGGUUUGUGGACGGCAAUUUCGGACACGAAAUUUACUCCAGAGGCAUACGAAAGCCGUCCAUCGGGAGCCAACCGAUUACAUUUGCCAAGUCUGUUCGAAAGGGUUCUACAAACGGCAACUAUUUGUGGCGCAUCAGAAAAUACACGAACUGACGGCGGAAGAAAUGAAGAAACAGUGCGAAGUUUGUCACAUGUGGUUGAAGAAUCAGGCCUCGUGGGAGAAGCACGUGGUAAGGCACCAAUACGAAGGCCAGUACAAGUGCGAAGAGUGCGACCACGUAUCGGUCAAUCUGUUGGCACUAAAGGUUCACAGGAAAAGGCGACAUAGUGCGAACAGAAAAGAACAUCUGUGUGACCUGUGCGGCAAAGGUUACUCGCGGGCGAAAUCACUGAAGGAGCAUAUGGCGAAUGCCCACACGGGAGUGCCUUUGUACGAGUGCCAAUAUUGUGCGAAAAGUUUCUUCUCCAGCGCUACCAUGUACGCGCACCGGAAGAGAGAUCAUCCGCGAGAGUGGAUGCAGGACCACGGAACGAAACGUAGUUACGGGGAAAGGGUUUCUGGCGAAUUUGGUGGAAGCAUUCGAGAGGAAGAUAUGCAAAUGGAAUGACGAAUACAAAUGUUCGGCAACAUUAUUUGUAGUGGAUUUCUUUUGACAAGCAAUUACAGUCCAAUCGGAACCAUUUCCUAGUUUCCAAAGAACUCAUGGCCAUGGGUUAGGUCUUGAAUUGAAAGUACAU